CGCGGAACAGCGCCCAGCCCGCAGCAUCGGCGCCUGCGGCAGCCGAGGCCGCGCAGACCGAGCCGGGCGUCGUGCGGCGCUCGCUCGGCCCCUCCGCGGCGGAGCGUCCCCGGCCGCCCGCGGGGCAUAAGGCUAAGGCUUUCCGACUUCAGCUACAGUGCUAGCUAAGUCGGGGAAGGCAACACGGAGCAAAGCCGCGCGUCCCCCCGCCUCCUCUCGGCAUCGGGCUCUGGCAGCGGCUGAGCGGGCCAGCAUGGCGUGGGGAGCGGAGCCGGCGGGCGAGCGGCGGCCCUGCGGUCAGUGCGCGGCGGCGGGGGCGGCCGGGGCGCCUCUCGCUCUGUUGCCGGGCGCGGAUGAGCGGGACGGGGGGGCGAGAGGCCCCGCCGAGGCCGCCGCGCGGUGCUGCCCGCGGGUGGGGGGCUCCGGAGAGGCGGCCGCCGCCCCGAAACGCGGCGUGUCCCGGUGGCAGCUGCGCUUGGAAAGCGAUGUUGGGCUCCUCCACGGCAGCGAAUAGUAGCCGGGAGAUCGUAUGUGGCAUUUUGCCGUGUCUGUAUUCCUGGUUGAACUUUAUGGAAACAGCUUACUCCUGACUGCAGUGUAUGGACUGGUUGUGGCGGGAUCAGUUCUUCUCCUUGGAGCCAUUAUUGGAGACUGGGUGGACAAGAACUCCAGGCUCAAAGUGGCUCAGACAUCUUUGGUUGUACAGAACGCGUCUGUCAUCCUGUGUGGUAUUAUCCUGAUGAUUGUCUUCUUGUUUAAGACACAGCUUUUGACCUUAUACCAUGGAUGGCUUCUUACGGUGUGCUAUAUCCUGGUUAUCACAAUAGCAAAUAUUGCCAAUUUGGCCAGCACUGCCACAGCGAUCACAAUUCAGAGGGACUGGAUUGUUGUGGUUGCAGGGGAAGACAGAAGCAAGCUGGCAGAUAUGAAUGCCACAAUAAGAAGAAUUGAUCAGUUGACCAAUAUCUUGGCACCAAUGGCAGUUGGCCAGAUAAUGACAUAUGGCUCUCCGAUGAUUGGCUGUGGAUUCAUUUCGGGAUGGAACCUGAUGUCGAUGUGUGUGGAAUACCUGCUGCUCUGGAAGGUUUAUCAGAAGACCCCUACUCUGGCUCUCAAAUCUGCAAAAGUUGAAGAAUCGGAACUGAAACAGUUGAAUGUAAAGAAAGAGAGUGACGUGAAACCUGCUGAAGGAGUGCAGUUAAUUGUUGAGAAAGAUGUAACUGGCUUUGAGCCCCAACAGGAGAAGGAAGUCAGCUGCGGUGCCCGGAUUGCUGAACCUUUCAUCACAUUUCGUGAUGGAUGGGUUGCGUACUACAACCAGCCAGUGUUUCUUGCAGGCAUGGGUCUUGCAUUUCUGUAUAUGACUGUUCUGGGCUUUGAUUGUAUUACUACAGGCUAUGCAUAUACUCAGGGCUUGAGUGGCUCUGUGCUAAGCCUCCUCAUGGGUGCCUCGGCAGUCACUGGAAUCAUGGGAACAGUAGCUUUCACUUGGCUUCGUCGCAAAUGUGGCCUGAUUCGCACGGGCCUUAUUUCUGGAGUUGCUCAGUUUGCUUGUCUGGUCUUAUGUGCCAUCUCUGUAUUCAUGCCUGGAAGUCCUAUGGAUUUGUCUGUUUCCCCAUUUGCUGACAUCAGUGCCAGGCUGUUUGAAAGUGAACCAUUACCUACUAUAGCAUCUCCAGAAGAUAAGCCUGAAAUGGUUUUUGCAACUGGAAUGCCCAACUUGUUAAACGGGUCUACUACUCCUGCUAACGGCGACCCAGAGAUGAGUCCUGAGCCUGUGCCUUUAAUCUCUGUUAGUCUCCUGUUUGCAGGAGUCAUUGCUGCUAGAGUUGGCCUUUGGUCCUUUGAUUUGACUGUCACACAGUUGCUCCAAGAAAACGUGGUAGAAUCUGAAAGAGGCAUCAUAAAUGGUGUCCAAAACUCCAUGAAUUAUCUUCUUGAUUUACUGCACUUCAUCAUGGUCAUCUUGGCCCCAAACCCUGAAGCUUUUGGCUUAUUGGUGCUUAUUUCUGUGUCUUUUGUUGCAAUGGGCCACAUAAUGUACUUCAGAUUUGCCCAAAAAAGCUUGGGAAAACAACUUUUUGUUUGUUGCACUCCUGAUCCCAAAACAGUCUCUGACAGUUCACCACCUGGUAAUACAUCUACUGUCUGAAAGGAUUCACUUCUCUUACUAACUUGCUACAAAAAUAUCAUGGUUAAAUACAUUACCGCCUUUUGUGACCCUGUCUGAGGUGUUUCUCUAGAGUUGACUGCAUAAUUUAGCUGUUUGAGGAACCUGUCCCAAGAGAGUUUAAAUUUGUGUUACAGUGACCCUGUAAAAAUGUUUUGUUUGGCAGAGAGCAGCCUAGUUGAAUCUUGACAGCAGGUGUUUCAAAGGAUCCCCACAAGUUGCACAUCUAGUAUUUGAUCAACAAUCAUGAGGAACAUCAGCAUUGAUAAUGUUGAAUUCUGUUGCCAACCCCCACGGCAUGAUACUGUUCAGUGGUUAUACAUACUCAAUUUGUUCAUGAAUUCGGAACAAUUCUUGUGCUCAUUGAGCAAAACAAGAGGGUUUAUUUUUUAGUUGCUUCAGAAAAACUUGAUAUACAGUAUUUGGUUUUGUGGGGUUUUUCUGUUUUUCGCUUGGCAUGAACAGUUCUGCUCCCCUAUUUUCUCAAAUUCAUAUAAACAUACUUCUUGGAUUCCCAAAGUGGACUCUUUUAAGUUCCAGUGUUUUAACAAAAUACGUUUUUAGUAGUCUAUCUGUUUUGGUUUAACUUUACAGAAACACCUUUGUAGGGGUUUUUUUGCAUGUUUCCUUACAAAUACAAAUUAGGCGAGUGCUAGGUACAGUAUAUUGUAUUACACUUUUGUUGCACUUGAUAUCAAGUAAAACAUAGCGUCACUUAGCAGAAGCUAUUCAUAUAACAUUAUAAAGCAUGGCUUUUUUAAUUGCAAAUGACAGGUCUGCUCAGGUUUUAUGUAGCAGAAAGUGCUAAGGUCAGGAGUACUGGUACAGAAAGAUAAUGUCUAAGGCUAACUUAGUUUUUGCCUCAGAGUACAAGCAGCUUUAGUUUAUUUUUGAAUGCUGUUGUCCCUAAUAAAGCCUGAUGUAUUGGAAAAUUAUUAGUAUCCCAGGCAAAAGAAGUAAAAAAAGUGGAUUGCUUGCAUUUACCUGUUUCACGUGUAUGUGGAUUUUGACUUAGUUUGUUCUAAAAUAGUGCUAAAACAAUGAGAUGUUUGACUGUGUGGCCCUGUUAAGCAACUUCAAAACAAUGAAGAAUGAUAUUGCUCUGAUUUGCAAGAAGUUCUUGCUGUUUGUUUUGGGUGUGGUUUUGUUUUUUGUUUUGUUUUUUUUUGGUUUUUGUUUGGUUUUUUUUUUUACCCUGCAUGUGUACUAACAGUACUUCCAUAGUCAUUAACUGUAUGUGCACUUUUGUGGAAACUAUGCUAUGCGCUUUGCUUUCUCAGUAGAGUUGAACCCGGUGGUGUUCUGAGUUUUCCUAUGGCAUGAUGGUAUAACUUCUAAACUUAAAUCUUUGUAAAAUGUUUGUUUGCAAAAUAAGUAGUAUGCAAAAACAUACAUCAGCAACUUGUGAAAAGUAUCCUCUGUAACUUUUAAGUUGUUUUUUUGUUUUUUUUUUUAUUUUAGGUACUAUCCUCCCACAGUCAUUUUUGUUGCCAGACUUCAGCCCUGGAAUGUAAGUGUGUGAACUCCAUUGACAUUAAACAUGUUACACCAGGGCUGAAUUUAGGCCAUUCAUCUUAAAAUUUGUAAUGAUUACAUUAUAUAUCAAGCUAAAUAGAAUGUAAAAAAAACCUCUAGCGGCUUUUGUCUCGGAAUAUUUUGUAAGAGGAGUGAAAGUCAAUGAAUGGGAAUCCAAUGUACUUGUAGCCUUCAGUAUUCAAUAACUGGAUGUAACAAUUUUUCUCCUCUAAUGGACCAAAACCUAAUCAUUACAGCUAUGUUACUGAAAGUUUCUCAGGGAUGUUUUCACUAGGUUUAUAAGUGUUUAUACUUUGACCAAGCUUUCAGGUUUUGAUAUAAUGAAGUAAAAUAUGUUAAUUAGAGUAGUUUUAAAAUUUGUGACUCAAUCCUAAGUGUAACUUUUUAAGCAAAAGGGAAUUUUGCUGUCAGCGGAAUUUAAAAGUCAGAAGACAAAAAAACCCAAGCUUAUCUAGAUUCAUAGAACAAAUAUACCCAAACAAUAUGUGAUAAGUAAGCUAGUAAAUAAAAUACAUCUGAUUUGCCAAAUAUGCUUUCUCAUGUGUAUCUAAUCAAAAUUGGGACCAGAUUUUAAUAUCGCUGAUUAUAAAUAAAGGUAGCCCAAACGUCAGUGGAUGCCUCUAUACUGCACUUUGAACAUCUGAAUGCCACUGUAGAUAUUGGACUCGCUGGCCAUCAGGGAAACAAAGCUGAAAAUGCAGCUUCUUGUGGGCUGUCUGUAGUCUAGAGAACCCAGUGUGCCUAAAGCCGAAUGCUGUAGCACUAAGCACCAGACAUCCCAGAGAGGAUGUAUUCCUGAAAUCCUAGAGAGCUCCAAAAACAUAACAGAGGUGGGGAGCGUACCAUGUUCCCAUCUGUUCCCAAAUUUACUUUUUUUCCAAGAGCAAUGUAGUCUUAUUUGAGUUGAGUAGCAAUUUGUUUCAUAAAUAGUUCCACUAGAUAGUGCAGUCUGGAUCUCAAGACAAGAAAGUAGUGUUGGGAGGGAACUAGACCUUUGUAUUUUGUACACAUAAUGUUGCUAGGAUUCACAUGUGCAGAUACAAAGCCGGAAAGCAAGACAAUCCUAAAAGAGAAAGAAAAAGGUGUAUGCUAGCUUUAAGAAGAGUAGAGAGGUCUGAAUUGGAAAUCUUGUGUGUAUUGGUCUGAGUCAGAUGUCAAAAAAUGUAUGCUGCUUGAGCACAACCUAUUUGUGUAUAAGUCUAAGAUGUACGCAGACACCUGUACUGAUUAGUGCUUUGAAGCAAUGUGGAACCUGAAGUCUUACUUAGCAGGACUUUCAUUAAGUAAGCAUUUUUGGCCUUGUAUUUAUUUAUUUUUUUUUAAAAUGUGUCCAAUCUGGAUGAAAACUGCCCUUAAAAUGUACGCACUAGAAACCAAUCUUACCAGAAGAGCAUAUUUUAUUAUACAACCUUAUGCUGGACAUAGUAUUGAUUUAUGUAUUACUGUUGUUAAAGCUGAUGAAUAAAUUUGCAUAAAAAUUUA